CAUUUAAAAAUUAUUUUGUUGAAAAUCACAAAAGCACAAUCAACAUAUCUCUGUUUUAGUGCGAAUAUGUUCGAGGUGUUUUACAAACACUAACCAACCGCUCUUUUAACUCCAAAUUAGUCAAAUUAUUAAAAUUUACAAUAUUUAUUUUUAAGUAUUGUUUAGUUAUUUUGGGAAUCAAACCAAACGAAUUUAUUUAGAACUUUUAUUUAUAAUUUUUUGUGUGAAGUGUUUUUUUUUUAAGUGAGCUUUAAUUUAAAAAACGCAACAAAGAUGAGACCUCCAGCGCAAUAUGGUGAAGACAUUACAACAGCACAAGAUGCUGAGGAUGCCGCACAAACAUUGGGUCCAAUGAUGAUAUGUACACGUUUAGCUGGACGUGCGAUUAUCCGUGUUGUUGGACGGUGUAAUGAUGCACAAGAGAAUGAGAAUUUAGAUUUAUCCGAAUGUCAAUUAAUGCAAGUACCAGAUGCUGUUUAUCAUUUAAUGCGUCAUACCGAUUUAAAAACAUGUGAUUUAAGUGGUAAUGUUAUUACAAAAAUUCCACCAAAAUUUACAGUAAAUUUCAAUCAUAUAACGGAUUUAAAUUUAUCACAUAAUCAAAUGUCUAAAUUACCAGAUGAAAUUGUGGAUUUAGGUGAAUUACAACGAUUGGAUAUCUCAUAUAAUUCAUAUAUUGCAUUACCAAGUUCCAUCUUUAAAAUACCAAAAUUAGAACAAUUAAAUGCUAGUAAUAAUCAUAUUUUAGAAAUUGAAGUUGAAAAAAUAGAAGGCGCACCAUCCUUGCAAAUCUUGGAUGUUAGCCAUAAUCCAUUAACACCAACUUGUCAUAAUAAAUUAAGUAAUGUUACCAAAAUUCGAAUGGUAAUAUCACCACGUCAAAAAGAAGAAUGGGACGAUGAAGAAUAUGACGAUGACCAAGUAUAAAAUUUACAAAAAAAAGUCUGAAUCAUGUGCUUAAAAUAUUUUUAUAAUAAUUAUAAGAAUAAUUCUCUUAAAUUCUUUUAUAACUUCUGGUGAUAUUAUGAUUUUUUUUUUUUUGAAUGUUGUUAACACUGAUAUUAUUUUGUACUUAAUUAAUUUUAAUGAAAAAUUUGUUUUUGUAUUAUGUAAGAAGAGGCUUAGUAAGUUUAUGAUGCUAUCAAAUAUUAUUCAUUUCUUAUAUGUCGCUGAAACCC